AUGCCGAUGCCGGUUGAUGUCGGUCCGGUCUCGAUUGGUUUGCUGGGUGGAAACUUUUCCCCGCAUUUGUGGGAAGCAAACGCCGACGAUCAACGAACUCUCAUUGGCUAUGCUUCUCAAAAUGGCGGAACCACAGGUAGCAAGGGUGGUGCUACUACCACUGUCUCGUCCCCGCCUGAGUUCAGUGCCGCCGUAGGGAAGAAGACGGACACGACUGCUACGUUGAUCUCAAUCAAAGGUGCUAUUAAUGGCUCUGCAAAGGUCAACGUCGGCUCCAACAAGUCCAUUGUUGGUCUCGAUUCCAGCGCCCUUCUCACCAGCAUCCUUCUCUAUAUCGACAAGUCCAAGAACUUCAUUGUCCAUAACUUGAAGAUCUCCAAAGUGCUGGCUGAGAACGGUGACGCGAUCCGCAUCCAAGCAUCCACCAACGUCUGA